AUUAACAUAGGAAGAUCAGGGGGACUAAGGGUGCUGAAGAACUGAGUUCAGUAGCCUUCCUGAUUGAGAGAUCUCUCUGAGCAGCAUAGUCUUAAAGAGGCAUUAGACGAUAUGGAGCUUGAGGGAGACCCCUCAGAAGUCAUGAGUAGGAGUGUCAAGGAGGAGAGAGUUGAGUCACCUGGUCUCAGCUGCCUGUCUAUGAAGAGUAACAGGUCAAUGUUUGAACCCAUUCACUUCAGAGGAGAAACCAUGCCCCCAGAUCUAAGGGCCAGUUUGCUGACUGUACAUCAUUUCAGAUGCCCUUUGUGUUCAGAUGUGAUGAGGAACCCGGUCUCCAUUCCCUGUGGACACAGUUACUGCAGGCAGUGUAUCAGCACACACUGGGCCCAGCCCGGCCAUGCAGGAAACUAUGUGUGCCCCCAGUGCAAUAAGAGAUUCAGAGCCAAGCCUGUGCUCUACACUAACACAGCCUUGGCCAAGGUGCUCCACGAGCUCCAGCAGGCAGGCUUCAGUCCUGCCCUCCCUGCUCUGGGCUACGCUGGGCCCGUGGAUGUGGCAUGUGAUAUAUGCUCUGGCCAGAAGCUGAGGGCGGUUAAGUCCUGUUUGACCUGCACUGUCUCCUACUGUGAGCCUCACGUCAGGCAGCACUACACCAUCCCAGCUCUGCAGAGACACACCCUGGCCGAUGUUAUUGGAUACGGUGGACACAAAGACCACCAUGGUAACACUGGAAAGACAGAGAGAAUCAAAGAGGUACUGUCAUUAGAAAUAUAAUAUUAGACAUGACUACAAGCACUUAUCUGGGUUGUUCCACCAAUCGAGUACUUUUUGGGUAGUGUAAUUUGGUCAUUUAAAUGUUUUUACAUUUUAGCAUUCGGUCAUAAAGGCACAUGAAUAACUUCAAUAAUCAUGUUUUCCCAUCACAAGAGGUGAAAUAAAUAAAAUGACUAUAGUAAGUGACAAAUAAAGUAACAUGUUUGACCAUAACAGGGUUGAUGUUUUCAUCUUAAAUCGUCCAUAA